GAUGAUGUCUACUAUAGCCCAAAAUACAAUGAUGAUCUUUACGAGUAUCGACAUGUUACUGUACCAAAGCAAAUUGGACGGCUACUAGCAGAAUAUGAGUGGAGAGGCUUUGGUAUUAAACAAAGCCCAGGAUGGGUACAUUACAUGAUUCACAAUCCAGAGCCACAUAUUCUUCUCUUCCGUCGCGAAAAGGAUUUUCAGAUCAAGUAUCCAAAUGCUACCAUCAACACCAAAGUUGGAGGUCUUGUUGGUUAA